AGAUCAUAUGCAGUGUUCGUUUGGGAUGAAUACGGAGGUGGUGUUGCCGGUCGCUCUCAGGCUGCAACAACACACUCGCUCGCACGCUGCUGGUGGUGGUUAGUGAGACCCUCAUUCUUAGAAGUUCUCUUCCUUUGCUGUUGUUCUUAUAGAUAUUCCCCACAAGAUCCAAUGCACUCAUAUUAUAGUUUAUACAUGUCCAUGUAGACUAACCUUACUGAUAUGACUUAUCACAGUUAUGAACUAGUGUAGUAGGUUGUGAUAUAUUAAGUGUAUAUACUUCUAACUAGUGUGUCUAUGUAUUCGAGACUUUUACUUAAGUUCAAGUCAUUGUUGCACUGCACCCAUCAGCUCUUCAGUAAGAUGGUGUGAGUAAUGCGAAACUGAAGGAAGUUUUCAAGUGAACAGAAAUCAAACUAUUUCGGAGCAAAGACACUCGGCUGAAUUCGAAUAACGCCCCUUAGGACUAGUGACUAUGAACGACGCCAGUCAAGAAACACCGUGAUUUCCUUAUCCAUUACUCAUUAGCAUAUACAUUUCCACUUGGUUUCGUGGUUUCGAAGCUUCUGUUGGAAUUGAAAGUAUUAACCGUAACGAAUAGGCGAGUGCGGCGAGAUCUAUUUCUGACAGGCACUUUGCGGAGCCGUUCCACAAGCAAAAGCAAAGUGCUCUCUCAAGUACUACUACUACGACGCUGAACUUACAACCUGAAGAUGGAGAGAGGCGACCAGCUGCUGAAAGAGUACGGAGGCUACGAGAGCGAGAGCAAGGGCAAGCGGAAGCAGCACUGCACCUACUGCAAGAACCACGGCAAGAAGAGCCGCAAGACCAACCACAAGUGCGAGCACGAAGAGUGCGAGUGCCUCCUCUGCAAGCUGACCAGGCUCUCUAGACUCAUCAUGAGGCACCAGCAGAGGCUCUGGCGGCACCUGAAGGACUCCAAGAGGCGGGAAGACGCCGCAGACGCCGGAGGAGGAGGAGGAGGAGGUGGAGGGGGUGGCGGCGGAGGGGUGUGCGGCUCGUCAGGUGCCGGCGGAUCCAACGACUCCAGCGGGAUGGCCAACGGGACAGGCAGCACAAAACAACAGAAAUGCGACAUGUGCAGGAACCACGGCGAAAUAACGAGCAAGAGAGCGCACAAGAACGCCUGUCCAUACCAGAGCUGCACAUGCGCACUCUGCAACCUGACAAGAAAACGACGGGACAUCAUGAGGCACCAACAGAGAGUCAGAAGGUCCCAAGUGACGAGCAAACAACACAACGAAGCCUGGGAAUACGUGAUCCAAGCCACAGCAGAGUUGGAAUUCCUUAGCUUUAAGCAAACUCAGGCCACAGACGACCAUAAUGCAACAUCGUCCUCAGCUUCAGCCUCCCCCUCCCCGGACUCUUCUUCUACCUCCGCAUCUCUCUCCCUCAAACUCGAAGUCAUCUCCUCCAACCCAGUUACUCCCCCAACUCCAGUAGUGUCUACAAGCAUCAGCAGCAAAAUAACAACCUCGUCUCCUGUCACCCCGGAAAUGCCACCACUGGAACUGCUUCCAGAAUGCUCCUCACCACGGUACAGUCCCAGACCCUCAGCACCUCCACCCACUGUACCUGCGCCUACUGCCGCUUCUAGAACGAGUGAACCUCUCCUCCCACCGAACCCAGUCCCCACAAGUAUAAGCGUCAAAGAUAUCCCUGUCAUGGAAGGUGAACAUGCUUGGAAGAACCUCAAGAGGGAGCGGGAUGAGAGUCUGAAAUGGAGCCCCAAGGUUCACACCAGAGAAGAAAACUUAUUUGGACACUUGGACUUCAUGAGAGGUCAUCAGACCUUGACAGGGAGGUUGGAACCACCAGUUCCAAUGGAAGGAAUUAGUUUUCAUGACACUAUAAGUGCUGUGGAUUUUGGUAGCUCGCACAUGUCUCCAUUCAAGGGCUUAGUCCCGAUGAUGGACACGAGCCGCCUUCCACCUACUCCACUGAAGAAAACUAGGACAGAUGAAAAUUUGCACUUCCAGUACAAUCCAAUGUUUUGGGGUAACAUCCCAGUUGAGCCUCGUGUUGGCUUUGUUCCAGAAGACCUCCAGCAGCAAUGCUAUCGCAACGUACUAAUGAACAGUACUGACCUGAGGAUGCAGACUCCACCUGGGUUACUUCCAAUCCCGCAGCCUCAGCACCCGCUACGUCCUCGUCCUCUGGCCCCUCUUAGACCCCAUACCAUCCCUUCAAGCAUGGAGUGGGAUCACGUCAACUUACAUUACUUAGCUUGCUUCUUGCAAAAUCGAGGAGGGCAUUACAGAAACACCCUGUCCACAGCAGGGCCCUUUGGACUUCCAAGGGAGGCUCCAUUCCUACACCCCCCUGUGCCGUAAUUUAUGAGAGCUUUUCUUAUUAGGACUCUAUCAAAUUCAUUAUGGUUUAAGUGAUAAUACAAUGUGAAAACUGCUGUGAAGUGUUGAUCUUUUAGUAUAACAAUCAGAAUUAAUUAUGGCACAUAUUUGUACAUAGCAAUUAUGGUAGUUAUAGAUUUCCAGAAGGAACAAUAGUUUUCAAGUCUCGGUUUUUAUCAUAAAUGUCACCCCCAACGAUUUUAACAUUUUCAGGCUUAAUGUCACACAAGAGCAGCAGCGAAAUUGUUAUAGCAUCCCGACAACUACUAUUCAAAGUUCUAUGAUUCCAAAAGGAUAUUACAAUUACUAAACUUCAAAGUGUAAAAUGAUGUGAAACUACCUAUUGCACAGUAUGCAGCAAAAGUCAAGCGACCUUUUUAUAAAUUCUUUGAAUACCGAACGAAUGAUAAAGAGAAUCUGCAUAUGUGCAAAUGUAGUUUCAACUGUUUUCGCACCUUGAACGAAAACCAAAGAGAAUGGGUCACAUGACUUUUGCUGCAUACUGUACAUCCACAAUUUUACGAAGGUAAAGCGCGCUUGCCAUACAGUAAAUAAAAGUCAGUUGUUCGCACGAAAGACACUUUCAUGAAAGAUGGUAUAGUUAGAAUCAACCAAUUUUUUUUAUUGAGUUCUGAUUUAUAAAUUCACAAAGUUUUAGUACGAUGACUUACAUCAACAAAUAGCUAAUUCAUGUUACCAACGAGAGGUAAAGCAAAAUUGCUUUGAUACUUUGGCUGAAAACUUACCUCUUGAGUACGUAGUCGAAGGGAUGAGGAACUCACCUCGGUAAAAACUGAAUUUCUCUACAGAAGGAAGUUAGACACAGGAAAGAGGUCUUUGUUACUGCCAAAGCCCUUGGGGUCAAAUCUUUACCAUACAAAAUUUAAUGUCUGUUGGUGCAAAAGCGCAGUAAUAGGUAAUAGUAUCAGUUACAUAAUGACUCGUUGUAAUGAAAAUCUUUGCUGAACGAAAAUAAAUAGCAGAACUAAAUGGUGGCCAUUACAAUAGCCAAAUUAUUCAGCAAGAUUACUUUGGACACUCCCAUCAAGGAUCGUUGCAACCCAAUUUUCACCAUCUUUCAAUAUUUUGUUAAUCCUAUUCAUUAAAUUUCAAUUAUAUUCCAUAUGAGGGAAGAAAUGCUCCAGUGCUAAAAUAUAUGUAAAAAAGACAAACUAAAAUAACACAUUUCCAUAAAGAAAUGUGAUAAGAAAACCGGAGUUUACUGGUUAGUGAACCAGCAAGUUGUGCAUGUGUUUGUGCGUUUGUGUGAAUGUAUGUCUGUGUGUACGUGAGUUCAGUAAGAGAAAGGCAGACUUUAGAAUUAGCACGAAACAUUAAGCCAAAAAUUAGCAUACGGAAUGUCAAACACUAACUUCAGUGGAAGUCACUGUUAGGGCUGUGAAUAACAAUACUGAGGUGGUGAUCAUAGCUUUAGAGGAAGCCUAGAUAAAUGAUGGACACAUUUACAAUUCAAAUAUAUUCAUUGUGAAGCUCUUCACGGAGGCAUUUAAUUAUGAUAAAUGUACAUCAAAUUUUCUACUUUGUGCAUUGUGAAUGAAUAUGACGUGAUUAAUGUUUUCAAUGUUAUAUCAAAGUGAUUUAAAUUAUAUCUACAUCAAGUAAAGGACGGCUAAAAUGAAAAAAAUACCCCUUUAAAAUGUAGUCUGUAUCUGUUAAUGGAUAUCAAAAUACACCUUCAUAGAGA